AUGGGGUCGAGCAAAUUUCGACAGCGUAUUGCUCCACAGGAUGCCCAAGUUCCAGCAAAAACAGCGCGAUCUGUGAGAGCAAUCUAUGUGGAUAACGAGAGUAGUGGGUCCGACAGAGACUCUUGUGGAUCGGACUCCGACUCGGAUCGACGCAACGGGUAUAUGGCCACGGCUACGGAUUACGCUCAGAAGCCGAAUUGGCACAACGUGUACACAGCUACUGCUGCGGAUCGCGCUCUGAACCCGAUAGACCCAUUUGAAGUGAGCAAGUCGGUCACGAUUGCCACUACGAUCGUGGAAGGCCUCAAACAGUGUUGCGGACGUAAGGGGCAUCCUGCAGAAAAAUGCUACUACGUGUGUUACGUAUGCAAGGAAGUCCACGAGGAAAGAAAGUGCCCGAUGGAACGAUUUUACAACAUGAUCCGUCAGUGGUAUGUGCCCACCAAGCAUGCAGGGAUGUUGCCGGAACAAGUCGAGAAGAUGCUAAAUCAGGACGCUCGCCAGGUUGGAAUCUGA